UAAUCAAGCCUGAAGCAUCAGGACUCGAGCACGAAGGAGGGGGGAUCAUCAUCCAUGGCCAGAAGUCUCGGAAACAAACGGCCCCUCCGCCUCCUGACUCGGUUCCUCGACUCACCGAGUCGCCACCGUUACCUGCUAACCAGCUCCUCCUCCGCCCGAUCCCUGCAAACCCUAGCUUACGAAGAGGUACCCCCUCCUCCCUCCGGCGACGCCCCGACGGCAUUCGUGCUCCACGGCCUCCUGGGCUCCGGCAGGAACUGGAGGUCUUUCUCUCGCUCCUUGGCCUCCACUCUCUCCGCCGCCUCCCCUCCCUCCGAUUGGAGGAUGGUCCUGGUGGAUUUGAGGAACCACGGGAGAUCGGCCGAGCUGGGGGGCUUCGGCCCGCCUCACGACAUGUUCAGCGCCGCCAAGGAUCUGGCCGAUCUGGUGAAGUCUCGAGGCUGGGCUUGGCCGGACGCCGUGAUCGGCCACUCCAUGGGCGGCAAGGUGGCCUUGCAGUUCGCGCAGAGCUGUGCUCGCGGGGACUACGGUGAAUCCGCCGCGUGUCCCAGACUGCUGGGGGUGCUGGAUUCUGUCCCAGGAGAAGUAAAGCCGGAUAAUAGUGACGGAGAAGUAGAAAAAGUUUUGGAAACAUUGCAGAGUUUACCUUCAACAAUCCCAUCAAGAAAGUGGCUGGUGAACCACGUGCUAGAACUCGGUUUCUCAAAGUCCUUAGCAGAGUGGAUAGGGAGCAACCUCAAGAAAUCUGGAGAUCAUGAAACGUGGGCUUUUAAUCUGGAGGGCGCCAUUCAGAUGUUCGAUUCGUACAGGGAGACAUCCUAUUGGUCUUUGUUGGAGGAACCGCCGAAAGCCAUGGAAAUAGCAAUUGUACGUGCAGAGAAGAGCGAUCGAUGGGACCCGGACGUGAUACAACGGCUCGAAAGACUUCCUAGUUUGGGAAGGGACCGAUCCGAAGGGAAGGUUUCGGUUCAUGUUCUUCCUAAUUCUGGCCACUGGGUUCAUGUGGACAAUCCGAAGGGACUUCUCGAGAUUGUGGCUCCAAAGUUCAUGUCCAUCUAGCCUUGCCCUACCGGAAUUCUGAUUUCCUAGGUGCCCGCCAGUGCCGAGCUAGUGGCUUUUCAUUCUUGCCUGUAACUAUUGAAAUUGGGAAGCUCUGCUUUGAUGCGAAUAAAAUCUGUCCUGACGUUAUCUCGGCGCGAUAGAUAGCGUGCCUUGCAGAUAGCGUGCCUUAUUUAUCCUCUUUUCAUGUAGAAGGCGCAGUUCAGGUUCAAUGACCUUUCUUUGAUUCACAUAAUCGGUCAUUUGGAUUCGGCGAAUGCUUAUAUUUUCAUUUAUUCUCAA